AUGUCUCUCCUUGGAAAGAAGUUCCCGGCGCCUGUCGCCAAGCCCAUGGCUCCCUUCUUUGCUGCCGGUGUUGUCAUCCUCUACGGCAUUAACUCUCUCGCCAACACUCUGUCGCAGAGUGAGUGA